UUAGUUUAGAUUAGAGUGCCGUCCAAGAUGAUCGCGUCCGUUAAUCAGCUGGCAUUGCAUAAAGUUGUGAAUUGUGCUGAGCCAAUUCCUGUAAAAAUUAGCGACCUAAAACAGACUGUUUUUAUUUCAGAUUGCGUAGAUGCUUCUUUUAUUAUUCAAGGAAAAUGCACUUCAAUUACUGUGACGAGUUCCAGGGAUGUGAAUAUUAUUUUUGACGGCGUCGUUUCUUCUGUCGAACUCAUACGAUGUCGAAAGAUAAGUGCCCAAGCUAAUGGUUCUCUUCCCGUCAUUACAAUUGAAAAAUGUGAAGGCGCCAAUAUCUAUCUCUUUUCUGAAGCAUCUCGUUCUGCCGAAAUUAUUACCUCACUUUCUUUGGAGGUGAUCAUUACUAUUCCUCCAAAAGUCGGGCAGGAUGCGAUAGAGCGCGCAAUCCCGUAUCAAUUUGUGACUGUGCUUAAGGAUGACAAGCUAGAAACGAAACCAGUUACACACACUGCAAAUUAGCAAUCUUUCUUUCUAACUUGGGAACG